AGGAUGUGGAGGUUUUACUGCGCAGCCUCAGUGCGCAGAUCCGGAAAAACAAGCUGACCACGUGGUAUUUGAGGCAUGGAGCCACUGUGCUGCACAGAAUGAAGAUUUUACACAGAUGAGGAUAAUAUCUAGGUCCAGGUGGGAUCAUGAGGGGUCGCGGCCAUCGGGCUGGACGAGUUGCAAGGAAGAGGAGGCAGAAACAAGAAAGCGUCGUCGCGGCGGUGUCUUUGUGUCACCAGCUGCAGUAUGUGAGGCUGAUGAAGUUUCUUCACCAACGAGGAUUCACUUCGACGCUGCUGCAGCCGGCCCUCUUCACUGACACAGGCAGAGGACUGCAAGCUCUCAGGAGCAUAAAGCCAGGUCAGCUGCUCAUCUCUCUGCCAGAGUCCUGUCUCCUCACAACCUCGACUGUUCUGGACAGCUACCUGGGACCGUAUAUCAAAUGCUGGAAGCCCCGCCUCUCCCCCCUGCUGGCGCUCUGUGUCUUCCUGGUGUGUGAGCGGCACCGAGGAGAGGCCUCUGAUUGGUUCCCCUACAUCGACGUGCUGCCCACUGCCUACACCUGCCCCGCCUAUUUCACCGACGACAUCGUGGCUGUUCUGCCAGCCGGCCUGCAGAGACAGGCUUUAGAGCAGAGGGAGGCGGUGAGAGAGAUCCACUCCUCCAAUCAGAACUUUUUCAGAUCUCUGCAGCCGGUCCUGAGUCGGCCCGUGGAUGAGGUGUUGACUUAUGAAGCACUGAGGUGGGCAUGGUGUAGCGUCAACACGCGCACCGUCUUCAUGUCCCACCCGUCCAACAACUUCCUGUCUGGACAGGAUGAUUAUGCUUUAGCUCCCUUUCUGGACCUGCUCAACCACCGCCCCGACGUGCAGGUAAAAGCGAGUUUCAAUGACUUGACCAGAUGUUAUGAAAUCAGGAGCGUUUUCGGGACGCUCCGCUACCAGCAGGCCUUCAUCAACUACGAUUCCCAUGACAACCAGCGCCUGAUGCUGGAGUACGGAUUUGUGGCCUCCUGCAACCCCAACAGCGUGGUCUAUGUGGAAACAGAUCUCCUCGGUGACGUUUUAAGAGGUGACAGGAGUUUGGAUCAGAAGAUCAAGUUUCUCAGAGAGAAUAAUUUCCUCCAUAAUCUCACUGUGUCCGGUGACGGUCCCAGCUGGAGGCUGAUGACGGCUCUCAGACUGAUGUCGCUGCCACAAACACUGUACCACCACUGGAGGGCGGUGCUGCUCGGCCAGGCGGUGAGUGAGGAGAGAGAGGAGUGGAGCUUCCAGACGGCCAAGACUCUCUGUCAGCGACUACUACAGGACACACACUCUGCUCUGGAUAAGAUCUGCCAGCUCCUCCAGCUGUGUGGGCAGCCAAUCAGGGAGCAGCUACAUGUGGUCGAGUCACUGCGACAGGAGGAGAGGUGCAUCCUGGGAAGCUGUCUCGAGGCACUGGGAGGCACACCGGAUGAACAACCGGACGAACUGUUGUCAUGGCAACCUGAUGUUGACGCUGUGAGCUGAUAUCUGUGGGCUCCUUCUCAUUUCUCGUCUCCUCCGGCUUGUGACUCGGAAAUCGAUCUCAGCGCUCCAUCAUGAAGGAUUCCUAAAAUGCAUUUCGAGGAGCAAGGAGGCUUGCCGGAGGAGCUAUAAGCGAGGACACACCGGUGUGUUUUUUCUGGCACCCGUGACAUAUAAAUAGGCGUUGAUGAUGGACAGAUAAUCCAGGUGUGCCACACGUCAUAUUUAAUGGACGUUGCUUUAAAAUGACGACUCCGUGACCUUGACUCCUCUCUCCUCGCCUCCUCCGCUCACAUUGGAGUCGUGAGGAGAGGAGGAGGCAAGGAAAGGAACGGAGGAUGUACAAACUGGGACAUGAGAAAGGCCGCCGGUGAUGCUGGACAGUCUGCAUGUUGCCGUUCUGCUUGUCGACCAGUACGUGAAGCGGCAGGAUGGCCUGACGACCCGUUAACCAAGAGGGUCACAGGUUUGAUUCCAGGUGUGCUGACGGAGCGUCACCACCAUCAACUGAGCCAAGUAAAGGUCAAAGAUACAGUGCUCUGAAAUUACUGUACUAUUCUUGGAACCUUCUGGACUCAUGUCAGACAGAAUGGCGAGGAGAAACAACACGUUGUCUUAUUUAUUUUCUGAUUUAAAGUUUCAGUUCCCGAACAUUUUCCAUUCAGGAGUUUUGUUUGCGAUUGAAGUAAUUUCAGACAACAGGUUUUAUGACGACCACUUAAAUUACAGUUUGUUUAUAUUGUAAUUUGGAAUAUUUAUAAGAAAAACAUAAAACUUUGCUGUUUUUACACC